CUCUUCCUCUCCUCCUUACCCUCAUCUGCUCCACUGCUCUGAUACUUCUCGCUCGAUUGUGCAUCUCUCGCAGAAAUGAAGCUCCUGGGCAUCACUGUGGUUCUGGGACUAUUGGUGGGGACGUGGGCUCAGGUCAAUGUGGUGCGACCUCUGUGCGACUCCCCCGAGGCAGAGGAAGCUGCUCUGGUGGCUCAGGAUUACCUCAACGCCCAGCACACUCACGGCUACAAGUAUGCACUGAACAGGAUCGAAGACAUCAAGAUCUACACUAAGCCUGAUGGGGCCGACAUAUAUCUGCUGGAAGUUGACCUGCUGGAGACAGACUGUCACGUGUUUGAUCCCACACCUCUUGCCAACUGCACAGUCAGGCCAAAAAUGUUGACGGCCGUAGAAGGAGACUGUGACGUGGUGAUGACGAAGGUGGGCGGAGUUCUGACUGUCACAGCCUUCAAGUGUAAAACAGAAGAAUCAACAGAGGACCUUUGCCUUGGCUGUCCAACCCUUCUUCCCCUAAAUGACACCAAGGGGCUGGACUUGGUCCAUGCCUCUCUGGCAACCGUUAAUAACAUGACUGUGAACAUAACGUACACUUUAUUGCAAGUUGGAAGGAUGUCAGCACAGAUUGUGUCUGGUGGGCCUACCUAUUUCGUAGAAUAUGUUGUAGUUGAGGCCAAUUGCACUGAAGAUCCCUGCGUGCCCUUGAAUGACGCCAUGGCUACACGUGGUGUUUGUACCGCCAGUGGUUUGAGCAUUAAACACAGUGUGGACUGCAAGAUGUUUGCAACUCUGAUGCCUGUUGUAGAUGCCAACAGCACUGCACCUGCAGCUCCUGCCCCACAACCAUCAGUCCACAUAGGCAGCAUUCCAACCAAGCACGGUCUGAGGCACCACAAACUGACUGCUCUCCACGACCCUCAUCUGAGCGGCCUUCUCUCUGCAGAGUCAGCAGAGUCAGCUGAAGUUGUACCUGUAGCCCCUGCAGCAGCUGCACCUGCCGAUCCAGCUGCCGCAGGUCCAGCUGCCGCCGAUCCAGCUGCACCUGCUGAUCCAGCUGCACCUGCUGAUCCUGCUGCACCUGCUGAUCCAGCUCCAGCUGUUGAUUCUGGCUCGGCCUCAGAUUCCUCAGUGAGUGCUGAGGUCCCGCUUAGUGUGGUGAAGAGAGAUGUAGUGGUUGAUGCCCCUGUGGUUGAUGCCCCUGUGAUUCAAAUACCCAUUCCUCUUGUGCCAGUGUGCCCAGGAAGGGUUAGAUUCUUCUAAGUGUUCAGCUCCCACAGACUAUAACCUUGCUUCCUCCAGCUAAACUGACAUUGGAGUAAUAUGACUUUUUAAAAUGAGCGUGUCCUGUGUUGUUAGGUAGACGUAAGACCAAUACGAUAUGACAAGGAAUAAUCCAAUAUUUGAAAUACUUUGACAUUUCUGUAAAAUGAAUAAGGAUUUACAUCAUAUGCUGCUGAAUAAAUCUCUUAAGUAAAA